AUCUGGUAGCUACACGUUCCAAGAUCAUAUGUAUGUGGAACGACUCACUCCUCUCGGAGGCGCACGAAAGCAGACGCCGCUCGUCUUUAUCCCGGGUGCUGGUCAAACAGGAACAAACUUUUUGAACAAGCCGGACGGUGGUAGAGGCUGGGCUUCUCUCUUCAUUAUGCAAGGCUUCGAGGUCUAUAUCGUCGAUCAAACAUCUCGCGGUCGAUCUGCGUGGAUACCGAGUGUCGGAGCUCCUCAAAUGACAGCCUCGUCUGUCGAGGUGAUUCAGCAACGAUUUACCGCACCUCAAGACUACAGACUCUGGCCCCAAGCAGUAAACCACACAGAAUGGCCAGGGAGUGGACUGAUGGGCGAUGCAGUAUUCGAUGCCUUCUUCGCUUCCAAUGUUCAGUACUCCAGCAAUGACACCUACUCCCAAGCGACUGUACAAGCUGCAGGCGCCGCUCUUCUCGACCGCGUUGGAACGCCGGUCAUCCUCAUCGGUCACAGUCAGGCUGGUCCAAUGGCAAUCCUGGUUGCGGACGCUCGGCCAAACAUGACCGAAGCUGUGAUCCUGCUUGAGCCCGGCGGUCCACCUUUUCGAGGCGCAGUGUUCAACAAUGCGAGUGCUCGAGCAUGGGGACUUGCCGACAUACCGCUUCUAUAUUCUCCACCAGUCAUAGACCCGACACUUGAUCUGGUGAGAGAGAUCAUGCCGGCACCGGACAGUGAUCACGACGGCUGCGUCCUACAAGCAUCUUCACCAGCACCGAGACGUCUCUUCAACCUAGUGCCUAAGCCCAUCCUUGUCGUGACUGCUGAAGCCUCUUAUCAUGCGGUAUAUGACCACUGUACAGUGUCAUACUUACGACAGGCUGGCUGCGUUCGAACCGACCACCUGGAACUGGGAAAUGCUGGAGUGCAUGGAAAUGGUCACAUGUUGUUCCUAGAGAAGAACAGUCGUGACAUAUGGGUGUUGCUUCUCGAGUGGAUCGAAUGGCAUCUGGCUUAGUGGCAGUCAAGGUCUGUUUGCCUUCAUAUCUGCUGCCCACUAUCCGCCUAAUACUCUCAGAAACACAAUAUUUAAUUUCUUCCUGCAAAGACUUCAUGGAAUGAUUUGACCGCACCAUACGUGCUAGACUUGUCCACGAUAAACUCGGUGAUGCUGUGGUCGUGUUGGGCGAGGGUAGGAGCUACUGGAGGGGAUACGCAUAUACACGCGCGUGUACAGAGUAAUCAAAAGCAUUACUGAUCCGCAUCUUAAUCCGAAUAGUGAUUCAAC